AUCAAAAAACAUCAACCUCAAUUUCUAGUUAAAGAGCUUCAAAGAAAACAAUUGGAAGAGGAAAUGGGUUUUGCUUAUAUCAAAAUGUCAAGCUUCAUGAGAGCAAUGUUGAUUGUGUUAUGUGCUUUGUGGGUAUUGCCAGAGUUAGCACAUGCAAGACAUGUUAGAACAACAAGUCAUGCAAAACAUGUUAGCACAACAAGGCAUUACAAGUUUGAUAUCAAAUUGCAAAAUGUCACAAGACUUUGCCAAACAAAGAGCAUUGUAACCGUCAAUGGACAAUUUCCGGGUCCUAGAAUCAUAGCAAGAGAAGGCGACAGAGUCGUCGUGAAAGUGGUUAACCACGUUCAAUACAAUGUUUCCAUUCAUUGGCACGGAAUUCGCCAAGUACGAAGUGCUUGGGCAGAUGGACCGGCAUAUAUAACACAAUGUCCAAUUAAGCCAGGACAAAGUUAUGUGCACAAAUUCACAAUCAUAGGACAAAGGGGAACAUUGUGGUAUCAUGCACACAUUUCAUGGCUUAGAUCUACUCUUCAUGGCCCUAUUGUCAUUCUUCCCAAAAAGCAUGUGCCUUACCCAUUCCCUCAUCCUUUCAAACAAAUCCCAAUUGUAUUAGGGGAGUGGUGGAAAGCAGACACAGAAGCAGUUAUAAAUCAAGCAACACAAACAGGGUUAGCACCUAAUACCUCAGAUGCUCACACCAUCAAUGGUCUUCCAGGUCCUCUCCACAACUGUUCAGCUAAAGAUACCUUUAAGCUCAAGGUUCUGCCAGGAAAAACAUAUCUACUAAGAAUAAUCAAUGCUGCACUCAAUGAUGAGAUGUUCUUUAGCAUUGCUAAUCACACCCUCCUUGUUGUUGAUGCUGAUGCUGUUUAUGUAAAGCCCUUCAGAACAAACAUUGUUCUUAUCACACCAGGCCAAACCACCAAUGUCCUUCUCAAAACCAAAUCCAAAACCCCAAAUGCCAAAUUUGUCAUAGCUUCAAGACCUUAUGCUACAGGUCCUGCAUCUUUUGACAACACUACAGCAAUUGGUUUCUUGGAGUACAAGAAACAUUCACUUUCAAACACUAAGUCAAAAAACAAAACUGUUAAACUUUUUAGACCAACACUUCCUAAAUUCAACGACACUAUCUUCGCGAUGAACUUCAACACGAAACUUCGUAGCUUGAACAGCAAGAAAUUCCCAGCAAAAGUUCCAAAAACUGUUGACAAACACUUUUUCUUCACAGUUGGUUUAGGUAUUAGUCAAUGUUCAAAAAACCAAGCAUGUCAAGGACCUAAUAACACAAGAGUAGCAGCAGCUAUUAACAAUGUUUCAUUUGUGAUGCCAAACACUGCUUUACUUCAAGCUCAUUUCUUCAACAAAUCAAAAGGAGUUUUCACUACUGAUUUUCCUUCUAAUCCACCUGUUAAAUUCAACUACACUGGAACACCACCAAAGAACAUCAUGGUAAAGAGUGGAACCAAGGUUGCAGUUUUGCCAUACAAUACCAAAGUGGAGUUGGUAUUGCAGGAUACAAGUAUUCUUGGAGCUGAGAGUCAUCCAUUGCAUCUUCAUGGUUUUAACUUCUUCAUUGUUGGUCAAGGGAAUGGAAACUUUGACCCUAAAAAGGACCCUGCUAAGUUCAAUUUGGUAGAUCCUGUCGAAAGGAAUACUGCUGGUGUUCCAGCUGGUGGAUGGGUUGCUUUGAGAUUCCUUGCAGAUAAUCCAGGUGUUUGGUUCAUGCAUUGCCAUCUUGAAGUGCAUACAAGUUGGGGAUUGAAAAUGGCGUGGAUUGUCCAGGAUGGAAAACGGCGCAAUCAGAAGCUGCCACCUCCACCUUCUGAUCUUCCCAAAUGCUGAAAAGAUUUAGAUCAUUAUAUUACAUUUCUAUAUCCAUUUUUGGAUUAGCUAGAAUUGGAUUUGAUUCUGUUUUUUGGAUUUAGUUUUGUCCACAUUCUUUGUUUAUUUGUUUUUAUUAGUAAUAUGUUUCAUAGAAGUUUUGUAUUCGAAAAAAAGAAGAAGAAAUUUUUGGACAAUUUGAUUGUAGUGAUUGUUUUCUUGUAAGGUCACACUCAUUACAAAAGUAACGAGUGGAAGAGUUUUAAUUAAAGUAGAAAAAAAAGAUGCAAAGCACUCUGCUUUUUCCUGUUAAAA